AUGAUUAUCAUGAACCAAAAGAAGAAGAAACAUAAGUGUAUUCGUCGUCGAAGAGUCGCCGGAACUACUCCAGUAGAGGCGCAACUGAUUGAGUUCAUCGAAGGCAAUGUUUUAAAGAGAUAUCAGUGUAUGGUAGGUUGUUACAUUGAUGGAUGUGGAUGUCAAUGUAUGAUGGCGUGGAUCGGGAGCAAUGUGAACCAAAUUGUCCUUGAUAAUGGUGGCAUUGGUCCUAUAUGGCAUGGAUUCAGGAGCGAUAUUGGUACCACAUGCAUUGAGUAUGUUGUGCAACAUCAGCCUAAUGCUGGUGGAAAUGAUGGAUCCCGUGUCUUGGAAAUGAUUCAGAGGAAUCAUUCUCCUAUUUUCAAACGAAGGUAUGAUCAUGAUGGGGCAUAG